AUGAUCAAUGAACACGAGUGGUUCAACUCAUCCGAGCCAUCGGAAGAAAAUGAUGAUGCGGAGAACAGGUUAUCAUUGGAUGAUUUACCCUUUGAAAUUAUUUAUGAAUGCAUUUCGUACUUGCAUUAUAUUGAACUAGUGUUUCGAAUAUCGAAUGUGUGUUCCGUAUGGAGACAGAAAAUUGUUUGGCCAAUUCUCGCAGGAAAAGUUUCAGUAUGGCUUUCAGGAGUGGAUUUUCCGUUGCAAGAAGAACCAAGCACUCGAAUCAUUGCAAAUUUUGAAGAUUUAUUUCGAACUUCACUCGGAAGGAAUUGUCUGCGAUUCAUGAUGCGAGAUUAUGUGGCACAAGUAGUACUCCUUCUUUUGAACAAAAUUGUUAUUGAAAUUGAGGAGCGGAGAAUUUAUCAAUUGGAUGCAAGUGAAUUGUCAUAUUUAUUGCCUGAUUUGAAAGAGUAUUUUUCAAAAUUUGAAACUCCUUCGAGUUUAUUGCCACUUAUCCAUAAGGCAGCCAUUUCACAAUCAUACACCGAACUUAAUAUUCCGGAAGAGAAAACAAAAUUGCUACAUCGAAUAUUUGGUCUCAAAAAGAGAAAGACCUUACAAGAUAUUCCAGUUCAAUAUACCUUCAAAUCAUUAUUUAUUGGCAAGAAAAAACAAGGGAAAAGGAGUUUAUUUCGUGCAAUGCUCGAUAAAACAGCCUCAUCAGAUGCUGACAAUCAAUUUCUUGAGUAUAGAGUACGAUAUUUAAAGUUUGGAGAGGAGUUUGCAGUACGAGGAGAAUUUUUCACUGGAAUGAACGAAACAAUGCUCUAUUAUCCUUCCAACCCUUUUCAAUCUUUGCAUAUUUUGUUCAUUUGCUUUGACGUGACAAAUCGAAAGAGUUUUCAAGAAAUUGAAAAAGCCAUCGCACUUUUGAAGCAAUUCAAAAUGAGACACAUGGAAGCUAUUGUGUUGGGAACAAAAUGUGAUUUAAAAGAUCAAGCACGUGUGAAGAGAGAGGAAGUGGAAAAAGUGUUAAUUCAGUCCAAAUUAUUUGAAGGGGCUUACUAUAUUGAAACAAGUUGUCAUGACUUUAAGAGUGCUGAUUUUAAAAGAUGA